AUGUCAAACUCACAACCCAAAAAGAGUGUGCUGAACUCGACGCUGGCAGGUGCUGUGGCUGGUACGGCCGAGUUGCUUGUAAUGCAGCCAACGGAUGUGAUCAAGACACGCUUUCAGUCUUUACGUGUUGCAUCCCAUUACCAAAACGGCAUUUUCAAGGCGUUUCAACAAGUCAUCAAGGAGGAAGGGUUCGCAGCACUCUACCGAGGCACGAUCCCUGUGUUAUGUAUCGUAGGACCUCGUGUGUCAUUGCAAUACAUGGGCCUAGCACUCUACAAACCAUUAUUUGAAAAAAUGGAAGGUACCAUUUUACCAUCACAUAGCUCGGCAGGAUUGGCAGGCAUAUGCACGGGCAUUACACAGGCUGUUACUCUUGUAACGCCACUCGAACAAAUCAAGGUGCGACAGCAAACGGACCUAAUGAAUCAGGCGCAUGAACGCAAGUAUCGAGGACUUUUGCACACAGCGUCAUUGAUCGUAAAGGAAGGAGGCCUUCCAGCAUUGUAUAAUGGAUUACUUGCAACAGUGGCAAGACAAUCGUGGGGUUUGGUUGUCAAGUUUAACGGAUACCUUGAGAUCAAGGCCAUGUUUGAGCGAGCAUCACCUGAUCCUGAACAAACGCUUGCCCCUUGGAAGCAUAUGGUUAGCGGCGGCUUGGCUAAUGUGCUGGUUGGUGUAUUAAAUUCACCUCCGGAUGUUGUCAAAACAAGAAUGCAAGAUGAUAGCCGUCCUUAUCGAAGCACAUGGGAUUGUGUGAAAUCAAUGGCACGCAAUGAAGGAUACUUAUCAUUCUUCCGUGGAUCAUGGUUGCGUGUGAUUCGUAUUGCUCCUGGUGGUGCCAUUCAGUUUGCGGUCUAUGAACAAGUUUCGGCAUGGCUUGAAAAGAAUAGGCAAUCUCAAUGA